CCUGAACCUGCCUGGUACUACUGAGGUUGGAGUCUCCCCCCGACCAGCUGGACGCCGAGCCCCUCGAGACCUCUGCAAAAUUUCUUCUUAAUAAUUGGGAGAAGACCCGCUGGCUGGAUGGCAGCUGUAGGUGAUUUGCAGUUUGAAGAAUUUGGUAAUGCGGCCGCUACUGCAGCAGAAAACCCAGGUGCCACCACGAUAAGUAUCGAGGGUCCUGGUGAAAGCCCGACGCAUCAAGCAGGACUCCCAAGAGGCUCCGGGGGAGAAGAGGAUGAUGAGUUGCUGGGAAACGAUGACUCUGACAAAACUGAGUUACUUGCUGGCCAGAAGAAAAGCUCCCCCUUCUGGACAUUUGAAUACUAUCAAACAUUCUUUGACGUAGACACUUACCAGGUCUUUGACAGAAUAAAGGGGUCCCUUUUGCCAAUACCAGGAAAAAACUUUGUGAGGUUAUAUAUCCGCAGCAAUCCAGAUCUUUACGGCCCCUUUUGGAUAUGUGCCACAUUGGUCUUUGCCAUAGCAAUUAGUGGGAAUCUUUCCAACUUCUUAAUCCAUCUGGGAGAGAAGACAUACCAUUAUGUGCCCGAAUUCCGAAAAGUGUCCAUAGCGGCCACGAUCAUCUAUGCCUAUGCUUGGCUGGUUCCUCUCGCACUCUGGGGUUUCCUCAUGUGGAGAAACAGCAAAGUUAUGAACAUCGUUUCCUACUCGUUUUUGGAGAUUGUGUGCGUCUAUGGAUAUUCGCUCUUCAUUUAUAUCCCCACAGCAGUGCUGUGGAUUAUCCCCCAGAAAGCUGUUCGUUGGAUUCUAGUCAUGAUUGCCCUGGGUGUCUCAGGCUCUGUCUUGGCAAUGACAUUUUGGCCAGCCGUUCGUGAGGAUAACCGGCGCAUCGCACUGGCCACAAUUGUGACAAUUGUGUUGCUUCACACGCUGCUUUCUGUGGGCUGCUUGGCAUACUUUUUUGAUGCACCGGAGAUGGACCACCUCCCCACAGCCACAGCUGCUCCAAACCAAACAGUUGCAGCAGCCAAGGCCAGCUGAAAAGGAAAUUCUCUUUUAUGUGUUUUGGCGUGUGUCUCCUUUGGACGUGGCAUCUACUGCAGGAAAGCAGAACGACCAAGUGCAGGAAAACUGAUGCAAUGGCACCACCUUUGGCAUCUAUCUGUAAGGUGUCACCCUGAAACCCAGUCACCUAAUUUAACACACAGCAAUUAAAUGUUGUUCAGCGCCUGUGUCUUUCAGCUCUUCUUUCUCAACUGUCGAUUACCAUCGGGACUAUGCCCUGAUUUGGAAUGGAACACAAGGGAACGUGGUAUGUGUGCCUGCCAUUUGCCUCUCGCUGUCAUGUGACAUGCUUCACAUUAGGUCUGCCCUUGAUACGUGGAAUGGAUCCA